AUGCGGACACAGAAGAAGAACAACACAGGACAGAACUGCCACCAGGCCAGGCAGUACCAGUGCAAAGAGAUUCCAGUUUUCUUCUUUUUCGACCGAGACACCGAGUCCACUCUGAGUUUGGGGUCUUUUUUUCGGGCACGACGAGUCUGUACAUACGCGAGGUCAGCAUCAAGUUCUGGUGGAAUAGUGCGCGACAUCAUAGAAAACGCCGAGAUUUGUAUUUUUUUUUCCUAUCGCGGUCUAUGGGCAAAGUUGAAAAAUUAUGGCGUUUCGUGUCCACGGCUGUCAGUCAUCGUCGUCGCCGCCGUCUUUGCCUUCGCGGAAUGUCUAGUGUGCGCGUGAACCUCGUCCGUCGUCUGUCCAAGCAGGCCGAUUUCUAAUGGCAGCAUAAUAAUAAUAAUAGUUCUGAAGGCUGUGCUGUGCCUACCUUGCUGCAGUUUGUGUUUAUGACAAGUCUGGAUCGUAGCUGAAGAACCGAACAGAAAUUCAACUUGGUUCUGUGGAAUGAAAAUGGUUUCAACGUUGAUCGCUGCUCCAUUUGCAAGUGAUCACAGGACAAAACUCGGCUGGAUUGUUUCUUCAUGACACCUGAACUAAGGCCAUGAUCCCGGACCCGGUCAUCCGUGACCGUUACUGUCCCGAGACCACACGAGAACCCUGAAGUAAAAAAACUGUUUAACCAUCAAAGAGAGAUCAUCAUCUUAUCGCCCGAAAGAAGAGUGUCUGCUGGCCGCGAGAUCAAAUCGAUAUCCAUAAGAAGUGACCGCGGCUUCGACGGCGCGGAACCGUCCACGGCGACGACAGAGUACAGUGGCGGCAGUCAUCCACACAAACACACACACGUCAAGCGAAACAGAGCAGUGAGGAAGAAGCUGAAGGAAAAAGAAAAAACAACACCAACCAAGAAGAAGAAGAAGUAGGAGAAUAAACAGGUUUUAAUCGAGAGUGCUGCAAAGACGGCCACUACUACGAAAACGAGAGAGAGAAAAAUAAGUAGAUGGCAGAAGAAGAGGCCACCGAAGAAUAAGCCAAGUUUUACACAUUAAAAGUGCCGACAAGUCCGCCGUCCGCCGCAUGAGAGACGAAGGCGACGCGACGGAUAGAUAGCUUAGCGCGAGAGUGGCUAUUUUUUUUCUUAUUAGUAAUUUUUUGUCUGUGUUUCUAUACUUCCCGAUCUGCACACCGAUCGGGGCAGUGUGCUUCCCUGCCAGGAGAAGAGAAGUGAGUGAGAGUUGUUGGAGGUGUCGACAAAAAAAAGUGGAAAAUUCGAGCGCUGUUUAUUGUGUUAUGGGCUGACGAGAUGUGUUAUUGUUAAAUUAGUAAGGUGUUUGGGUGUGAAAUCAGUUCGGGAAUGGGUGCAAAGCAAAGGUGCUCCAAUUAAGUGAUAAUCAAACGGAAGCGAAGAUGUAUCGAUAGUGUCACCAUGAUGGAUAUCAUAAUGCUGUAUUUAUUGAGUUUUGGAUUAUAAUAUACAAAGACUGAGGUUAUCUGGAGCCCACCCGAGGAGUUGCUCCAAAGACCACACACACGCCGACUCUUGUUAUCAAAUUCACACCUCAAAGAUAACCACAAACCAGACUCCUCGCCCUUGUGGACCACAGCUUCCUUCCAAUUUCCCAAGUUGUAAACUCAUCAGCCUCAUUAUCACUACGAUUGAUCAGACCCGUCAUUAUACCGGCAAGUCGUCUUCCCCGGCGGAGUUUGCGUGAGGAGAUCCUCGAGCCCCCUGUUCAAGUCAAGUUUCGAACACCGCAAGCUUUUCACCGAUGAGUCAGUACUCCUUUUCCAAAUUUGAUGACUUUACGUGCAGUGGGCCCAGACCACCAGUGCCAGGAGAGGAAAGCCGUCGCAAGAUGACGGACACCUUGCAUCCGGACAAGUCGCGGACUUCCCCGCCGGCGUACUGCCGGUGGGCGAACAAUGUCUCGUACCUGCUCGACGAUAGCGACGGCGCGGAGCUCUUCAAGCGCUUCGUGGAGCUUGAGGACGAAGAGCAUCUGAACCAUCUAAACUUUUACUUCGCCUGCCAGGGCCUCAAACGCGAGCGGAACCCCGAACGGAUGCUCAUGAUGAUUGGGGUGAUCUAUCGGAAGUUCUUGAAACGGGCGCCGCGCGGUUCGCCGAUGUACGUCGACGAGGAGAUGCGUGUCAUGAUCAAGGCGGGUCUGCGGAACGAUGGCCACGUGAUACUGACGCCGGAUGUGUUCGACCAGAUGCAGGAAAAUGUGGUCUCGAUCAUCAGCUCCACGACGUAUCCGAACUUUCUGCAGUCGGAUUUGUACCUGCAGUACGUGCAGAACAUGCAGACGAGCAGUGGGAGCGGAAGUGGUGGGGGAAGCUGUAUCAGCAUCCCGUUGGGCGUUGCGGCGGCUGCCGCGGCCAGUUCCAGUUCGGCGGGUGGGGCGGUUUCCUCGAUGACCAGCAGCAGCUCCACCUCGGAACUGAUUUCGUACAGUUCGUCCGCCUUGCCAACGCUGCACGAAGACUCGGAACUACUAGUCAAUGCCGAUUCAAUCGAGCAGCUUUACGGAGCAACUGGACCUGCCAUUGCCGCGAGUAGCCUCUCGGUGACGUCCGGCGUUAGUGGGAGUGGUAGCGCAAGCAGUUGCACCAGCAUGUCCACCAGCAAGCCGGCGAUGACGCUGACGAAGGACGCGCUCCGGGCGACCGAGAAGCGACGGCUCGAGAUGAGGCCUUCUGGACCGCGCGCCGGAUUCUCCGUGUACACAAAGUAUUCGUCCUACAAUCCGGUGUCGCGCCGGGACUCGGAACAGGCCAGCCUCAGCUCGGGCCGGACCGACUCCGACACGAUGUCCCUGUCGAGCAUUUCGACAGACGGCCGGCCACACCCCCACAACAUGCACCGAAAUCACCACCAGGCCUCGCUGGAACGGAGGUUGAUCCACGAGAACGCCAUGGUCAACAGCGAACUCAACAGACAUGCGAUAAUUCCCCGAACGCAACGCAUGAACCAGAAGCCCUUGCCAAAGGAAGAAUUUGUUUCGCAGCUGAUGAGCAAGCUCGAGAAGGUCAAAAAGCUACAGGAUAACGAUGAGCUGCUGGGCAAAAAGUUACAAGAGGCCGACCAGUCAACCAACUCGCAGAGCAACAAGUUCUUCGCGGAGCAAAUUCGCCAAAAGCUGCAGGUCGAGGACGAAACCGACCAGGACAUCCUGGACCAGCACGUGUCGCGGGUGUUCUCCGACCUGACGCCGAACCGGUCGCCGGGCCGCGUCUCACCCUCCCCGAACAUCAACCGAGCCCGUCGCCACGAAAUGGGCAGCUUCGGUUCGAUGAGCGCACAAUCGUCCAUGCGACACUCGAAAUCGAUGCCCGAAGGUCACCAGCUGGGUCUGAUGGGACCGCCGGCGCAGCCUCACCCCCGCAAGCUCAGCAACAAGUGGCCCUCGGUCAACACGGACAGCGGCAUCAGCCUGUUCUCGUCCGACACGCUCACCAAGUACAGCAACAAGGACAUGCAGUGUGCGAGCACGAGCACCUCGCGGCCCCUCUCCCGGACGAUGCACUGCGACAUGUCGGUCAUGAACACUGCCACGCUGCUGCAGGAGUCCAGCCGGCGGCUGGAGGAUGAAACGAGGAGAUCCAAACGGUACCAGCACUCGGGCCAGCCGAUGAUCCAAACGAUGCCACUUCCGCCGCUGCCUCCGUCGGCCAUGACCCACCCGUCGUCGCUUCUUCCACCCCCGAUACCUGCCAAGCCCUCGCAGGGCCUUCCCGGAGUACAGCGCGGCAUGCCGGUAUUCCAACAGCCACCUCCACCUGCACCUGCCACGGCCGGCGCCGUCGUCAGCGCCGCCACCACCACCGAGUUCACCGUCGUCGUGUACUCGUUCUGCGACGAGGAAGUCCCGUACAGGAUAAAAAUCCCCGGCAGCAAUCCGCCGACGCUGCGCCAGUUCAAAGAAUACCUGCCAAAGAAGGGCAACUACCGGUUCUUCUUCAAAACCCGCUGCGACGACGUGGACAAUCCAGUUUACCAGGAGGAAAUCAACAACGACAAUGAAAUGUUGCCCCUGUUCGAGGGCAAGGUCAUGGGCACGGUGAAGCCGAUCGAGGUGUAAAGUCAGUCUUGCCGCCGCGGAACUGCCACCAGCGAGAAAGAGAAUGCUUUUAAUUUGUUCUUACGUUCGAGCUUGAGUUAUCCACGAGUUUGGAUAUUUAUCGAACGCAGCCACGACUAAAAAAAUUACCCAUUUUAAUCUCCUUCCUAUGUUUGGAACCGAAUUGUGUUAUUUUUUAACUUAUAAUUAGAAACAUUGUAAAAAAAUCAAGUCUUCUUUACGUUCGUAAUUUUGUUUUGGAAUAUUUUUAAAAUUACAGUUCGGAGCCCCGCGCGUGGAACAGUCAAAGUGCCUUUAAUCGAAGAGAGAGUUAAAACCGUUGAAAACUAUUUGGAUCGCGCCAAGGCAUAAAUAACAUUUACAAAACGACGACUUAAGCCCGAAAAAAAAACAACCAGAAGAAAAUCAAAAAGUGUUCAGAACUGCGAGCAAGCUAAAGCUAAGAAUUUAGAGAAAACGUUUUGAAAUGUUCUCCAACGCCAAUCGUGGAAAAAGCAGGUUAACAAGGAAGCAAACAAUUAAAUAGCAUUGAGAGCAGAGUGGCACAACUGGAACACAUUUUGCCAUAAUUGUAAAAAAAAAACAAUCCUUUCUAGGCAGGGAUCUUUGCUUCUCCUGG